UUUGUUUCUUUUUAGUUUUAGUAUCCUCUACUCAAUUUUAAACUUUAUUGUAGAAUCAUCAUCAGCACAAUUAAUUUGUGAUCAUGGAUCAAUGUAAUAAAGAUGACAAGCCAACAUCAUCAAAAUAUUUUAAACCUGGAUACAUUUUCAAACGAGACCCGAAAAAAACUGAAAAAAUUGAUUCAUUCGAAUUCGAUGACGACAUUGAUGAUGAGAAUUGUGAUGAAAUAUUAAGCCAAGUGGUGAUAAAGCCAAAGAUCCCGAAGAGGGCCGAAGAACGGAUGGAACAAAUUCAAUCACAACAGAUUGAUUUUACUGCUAUAAAAAAUAAGCCAUCCGUUAGUAUACCAACAACGUUUAAGGGGACCAACACCAUUCUCGUAAAUUCUAAUCAACGAGAGAAUAAAUUGUUAAAGGAGUUAUGUUAUGUUCGUCCAGUUUUUACGGAUUCAAUAUCACCGGCACAUUUUUUACUCAACGACAAUUGUUGCGCUCUGUUUCUCAGUCUCGUUUACCAUAUUGCCAAUCCAAAUUACAUUUAUGAUCGUGUGAAAGAACUUCGAAACACAUAUCAAUUAUCUUUGCUGAUUUUGCACAUUGAUCAUCCAAUAUAUGAGAAUCCACUCAAAGAGCUGACUAUAAUGGCGAUUAGAGCAAAUUUUACUUUAUUGGUCGCAUGGUCACCUGAAGAAGCAGCUAAACAUAUUGAAAAUUAUCGUGUAAAUGCUGACAAAUCACCUAAUAUAAUUAUGGGACGAGCGUUUGAUGAUGAAGAAGUCGGGAGAUCAUCAUCAUCAUCAUCAACGAUGAAAAAGAAAUUGAAUGCGAAUCAAAGUAAUGGCGUAAUUGAUGCAUUAACCAGUGUUAAACACAUUAAUCGAACUAAUGCAAUCACAUUGUUAUCGACAUUCGAUACGGUGGAGAAUCUAACGGAAGCGAAAAUUGAUGAGCUAACAAUUUGCCCUGGCAUUUCGAUCGCUAAAGCCAAACAAUUAUAUUCAAUUUUUAAUCGACCUUUUAUUAAGCAAUGA